CAUUUUUUUUAUCAGAUUAAGUCCCAAUUAUUCGUGUUGUAUUGGGGAUGAAUCAUUCAUCUCAUGUAAUACGUACUAAUUUUUUGGAAGUACCCGAUGCAACAUUGCGACGUUUUUAUGGGUAUCAGAGAUUUGUAAGAAAGGGAAGUGUUUCCUCAAAAACCAAUUCGGUGAAUAAUGUGAGAACACGAGAAUCUCCGAUUCGCGAUGUAUCAGUGGAGGAAGUUCGAGUUCUUCGAGGAGAAGUACGGCGCGAAGUGCGCGGUUCCCGAGAACGACGAAGACGACGGCGUCGUCGCGGCGGAGAGGAAGAUCAAGUGCUGCUCGAGUGGUAGGGGCAAACUUGUCACCGGUUUCGACGACGGCGUCGUUUGCUUCUUCGAUCGGGGCCUCAAGUUCAACUACUCUUUCCAGCCUCACUCUUCUUCCGUUCUUUUUCUUCAGCAACUCAAGCAACGCAACUUUCUGGUAACAAUUGGGGAGGAUGAACAGCUUACUCCCCAGCAAUCAGCUUUGUGCCUCAAGGUUUUUGACCUAGACAAGAUGCAACCAGAGAGUUCAAGCACAACGAGUCCUGAUUGCGUUGGGAUAUUGCGGAUAUUCACUAAUCAGUUUCCUGAGGCAAAGAUUACAUCGUUUUUGGUUUUAGAAGAAGUGCCACCUAUACUACUCAUAGCUAUUGGCUUGGACAGUGGUUCUAUUUACUGUAUCAAAGGAGACAUUGCACGGGAGCGUAUCACCCGUUUCAAGCUUCAGGUGGAAAACAACCAUUUGGACAAAACUCUUUCGGCUGUAACUGGACUUGGUUUUAAGGUGGAUGGUCAAUCUCUACAGUUAUUUGCGGUGACUCCAUGUUCAGUUAGCUUGUUUUCAUUGCAUGAUCAACCGCCGAGAAGGCAGACCCUUGAUCAGAUUGGAUCUGGUGUGAACAGUGUUGCAAUGAGUGAUCGCUCUGAGUUGAUAAUUGGUCGACCAGAGGCAGUAUAUUUUUAUGAAGUUGAUGGGCGUGGUCCUUGUUGGGCUUUUGAGGGAGAGAAGAAAUUGCUUGGAUGGUUCCGUGGAUACCUUUUGUGUGUUAUUGCAGAUCAAAGAACAGGAAAGCAUACUUUCAACAUCUAUGACCUGAAGAAUCGAUUAAUAGCCCACAGUGCAUUGGUUAAAGAAGUUUCUUAUAUGCUUUAUGAAUGGGGUAACAUCAUACUCGUAAUGAAUGAUAAAUCAGCUUUAUGUAUUGGAGAAAAGGAUAUGGAAAGUAAGUUAGACAUGUUAUUCAAGAAAAACCUAUAUACUGUAGCAAUUAAUCUUGUCCAGACUCAGCAAGCAGAUGCAGCAGCUACAGCUGAAGUGCUAAGGAAAUAUGGGGAUCAUCUGUAUAGCAAGCAAGACUAUGAUGAAGCAAUGGCUCAGUACAUACAUACUAUUGGUCACCUUGAACCUUCUUAUGUUAUACAGAAGUUUUUGGAUGCUCAAAGGAUCUACAACCUCACAAAUUACUUAGAGAAGCUACAUGAAAAGGGUCUUGCUUCUAAAGAUCACACCACACUUCUAUUAAACUGUUACACUAAAUUGAAAGAUGUUAAAAAGUUAAAUCUAUUUAUUAAAAGCGAUGACAGCAUUGGGGAACUUAAAUUUGAUGUGGAAACAGCAAUCAGGGUUUGCCGUGCUGCCAAUUACCAUGAGCAUGCAAUGUAUGUUGCAAGGAAAGCAGGGAGGCAUGAAUGGUACUUGAAGAUUCUGCUUGAAGAUCUUGGUAGCUAUGAAGAAGCCUUGGAAUAUAUUUCAAGCCUUGAAUCAAGUCAGGCAGGGAUGACAAUAAAGGAGUAUGGGAAGAUUCUGAUAGAGCACAAGCCAGUGGAGACAAUUCAGAUUCUCAUAAGGCUUUGCACGGAAGAUGGUAACAAAAGAGGGCGCUCAAAUGGAGUGUAUAUGUCUAUGUUGCCAUCUCCUGUUGAUUUUCUUAGCAUCUUCAUUCAUCAUCCUCAGUCCCUUAUGGAUUUUCUUGAAAAAUAUACCAAUAAGGUCAAGGACUCACCUGCUCAAGUUGAGAUUCAUAAUACCCUCUUAGAGUUGUAUAUAUCCAAUGAAUUAAACUUUCCUUCAAUGUCGCAAGUUAAUGAUGGUGGAAAUUACCUUAAUGGAGCAUCAGCAAAAACCAUGAUUUUAAGUGCUCAGUCUAAUGGAAACAUUGGUGAUCACAAAAGUUCAGAGCAGGGAAAGGACCAUCUCGAAAGGCGUGAAAAGGGUUUACGCUUGCUUAAGAGUGCAUGGCCUCGAGAGACAGAACAUCCACAAUAUGAUGUUGAUUUAUCUAUUAUACUAUGUGAAAUGAAUGCAUUCAAAGAUGGGCUUUUGUAUUUGUAUGAAAAGAUGAAACUCUAUAAAGAAGUGAUUGCUUGCUAUAUGCAGGCACAUGAUCAUGAGGGGUUGAUUGCAUGCUGCAAGAGGCUGGGGGAUUCUGUUAAAGGAGGGGACUCAUCUCUUUGGGCAGAUGUACUUAAAUAUUUUGGUGAGCUUGGAGAAGAUUGUUCUAAAGAAGUAAAAGAAGUUCUGACUUAUAUUGAGAGGGAUGAUAUUUUGCCCCCUAUGAUUGUGCUUCAAACUCUUUCCCGAAAUCCAUGCCUCACACUUUCUGUGCUCAAAGAUUACAUUGCUCGAAAGCUUGAGCGGGAAUCAAAGAUGAUUGAGGAGGACCGACAAGCUAUUGAGAAAUAUCAGGAAGAUACACUGGCAAUGAGAAAAGAGAUUCAAGAUCUUAGGACAAAUGCUCGAAUUUUUCAGCUUAGCAAGUGCACUGCGUGCACCUUCACCCUUGAUUUGCCUGCCGUGCACUUCAUGUGCAUGCACUCAUUCCACCUGCGCUGCCUUGGCGAUAAUGAAAAAGAAUGCCCUGAGUGUGCUCCUGAAUAUAGGUCCGUCUUAGAAAUGAAAAGAAAUUUAGAGCAAAAUUCUAAGGAUCAGGACAGGUUUUUUCAGCAGGUGAAGAGCUCUAAAGAUGGGUUUUCUGUCAUUGCUGAAUAUUUUGGAAAAGGGAUCAUCAGCAAAAUAAGUAAUGGAUCCACUUCUGGUCCCAGAUCCGGAACUGCAUCAUCCACCAGUGGUUUCUAAGGUUUCUGCACUUAUUCUCCAUUUAACAUUAAACAAGUUGGGCUUUGGAUAUUGGAUGAAAUCUAGUUAUUUUCGGGCUUCUGAGGUUCUUCAUUGUUGCUUGUUGACUGGGGUCCAAGGUUCAUAUUUUCCAUAAUGUGCUAACUGUUAUAAAUUAACCAGGAGUGGUUCAUUCAUUAAGGAAAGUCCCUGAAUGGUCUUCUUCUUUUGCCGGAGUAUUGAACUUUUUGGGAGGAUUUAAUGUUUGUGGUUCUAUGGAUCAGAACAGAACAUUUUCAUGACAGCCUCUCCUUAAAGGAAAUACUGAACAAAUAAUCAAGGCAAUGUGAGAUUGGUUAGGUAUGAAUUCAAGUGAUACUUUUCUUUUUUUCUUGUUUUUCAGUGUAAAAUUAUGAUGGAUUAGAAUCAUGGAAAUGAGAUUUUUUACUUUUGAUUGUUUUAAUUUUUGUGAAGACCAUGAGCAAUAGUAACAAUAUGAAUACUUGAAUAGUCUGUUUUAGCCAACUGCCAUUGAUUUCGUGGACUUUUCUGUUGUAUUAAAAAUUCCAUUUACUUUCUGUCUUUA